GCUGGGUGGAGAAGUUGAAGUUGCGGUCUGUGUUGGAUGGUGGUUGAGUGUUGCUCGUGGUGAUUUGUGAUAAAGAUGUGUACCUAUGUUUGAUAAGCGUGUAUAGCUGAGGCUAUCAGCGAAAAUAGAGAUCAUAGUUCAGUGACAAUUAAAUCGCUUUAUUCUGUGGUGUUGGUGUGCGAUAAAAGCCGAAAAUCACCAGCUUCUGACUGCAUGACAGCGUGACAUAAAGACAAUCAGUUCUGCAGAGUCAAUGGAUUUUCAGUGACUGACUCCAACUCCAGCUUUCAAAAACCAACUCUGACUGAGCAGAGAACUUACAACUCUGAUCAACACCAGCCGACUCUGACUCCACAACCCAGGACCUAAUGACAUUUUGACAAGAGGGCAUGCCAGAAACUAAAGAAAAACAGGAUCGCCAUCGUUCGGCUGAGCCCCGGCACUGCUGAAGCCGUCACACUGCGGGUUCGCUUUGCACCUCCGCCGUCAGAAUGACGUCAAUUAUCAAGAACCAGAUUUUGAAACAUCUAUCCAAAUUCGCCAAGAACCUGACGGCGGAUAAGAUCAACAUCAGCACGAUGCGCGGCGAGGGUGAGAUGUCGAACCUGGAGCUGAACGAGGCCGUAAUGACCGACCUGCUGGAGCUGCCCGCCUGGAUGCGCAUCACCCGCGUCUGGUGCAACCGCGUCACCGUGCGCAUCCACUGGACCAAGCUCAAGUCGGUGCCCAUCUAUGUGAGUCUGGACGAGGUGCAGGUUGCCAUGGAGACGUGUGACGAGCUGAGGCCCAUGGCGGCCGCCCAGCCGGCCUAUGCGUCCGGUGGCCGCUACGGCUUCUCCGACAAGGUCAUCGACGGCAUGACGGUCACCGUCAACUCCUGCUGCGUCAUGUUCAAGUCGCACGCCUUCGAGGCCUCCGUGCAGGUAUCCCGGAUCGUGCUCGAGUCCAAGUCUCCCUCGUGGCAGCGCAGUGACCUGCGUAUGACGCGGCUGCGGGACCCCGACCGCGGCGAGGUGCUCAUCUUCAAGGAGCUCCAGUGGCAGACGGUGAAGAUGGAGGCGCGCUCGACCCUGGACCAGGGCCUGUCGCCGCUCAGACUCAUCACCAACCAGUCUCACUGCCGUAUCGUCAUCAAAAAGAAAAUCAACGACUGUUCGGUGAUGGGGUGCCGGUUGGUGCUCAUCCUCGACGACCUGCUCUGGGUGCUGACUGAUGAACAGAUGAAGGCGGCACUCCAUUUCCUCGACUCACUAUCGGGACUUAUUCAGAAGGCCACUGAACACAGCCAUCAGGUCAAGGCCGUCCGGAAACUGGAGAGUCUGCCCGAGUACCAGGCACAGCAGAACCAGUCGACCCGCCGCAGUCAGGGCAACACGGCGCUGUCGCGAGUCUUUGCCAAGUACGACGUGGUCGAGACGUCGUACCACCUCUACUCGGACAGAAUCGACCUGCACCUCUGCGACGACCCGGGAGAGGGCCGCUCGUGCGCGCCGGAGCUGGAGGCCGGCGGCGCGCUGCAGGUGACGUUCAAACAGCUCGAGCUCGACUACUACCCGUACCACCUGGCGUACGGCGACCGGCGCCACUGGGUGCGCUACGGCGAGUCGAUCCCGGCCCAGUGGCUGGAUCAGGCGCUCAGCGAGUUCCGCUCUCGGCUGACGUCGCUUCUGCUCAACGGCGGGCCGCACCACACCCGGCUGGCGCGCGCGCCGCCACACCUCAAUAACACGUCACCCGCGGCGGGCGGCGGCGGCGGCGGCGGCGCGGCGGCCGGGCCGGCGGCAGGUCCGCCCCCGCCGUCACCCCACCGCUCCUUCGUCAUGAACCAGCUGCGGAAGCUCAUGUCGGCCGCGCUGGUGGUGCGCAUCAACGACUUCGUCAUCUACCGCGUGUCCACCUCACAGCGGAAGACGGUGCUGAAGGAGUUUGUCAUGGGGGACCGAGAGAGGACGAGCGUGCCGGGCCAGUCGUCCAGCGUGCACGUGGAGAUGACGUAUUUCUACUACCCGGGCAAUGUGCGAUUUCCAGUGCCGCCCCCGAAGGCGAUGGUGCACGUGAACCCGGUGCAAGUGAUUGUCGACCCGGUCACCGUUCUCUGGCUGAACGCGUUCGCCUGCAACCUGACCAAGUCGCUGACGGCCUCGGGCGGCUCGGCGUCGCCGCCCUACCUGGACCUGCGGCUGGAGGCCAUCAUGCCGAGACUGGUGCUGGAGACGGCGCAGGACUACCCGCUCCAGAGGGACCGGCCCAGCACGCUGCACAUGCAGACCACGCGACUGCUGAUCUGCAACUACCGGUCGCCAGACCCCACCGCGCCGGGGUCUCUGGCCGGUCUGACCACCUGUCUGGAGCGGCUGCAGGCCGGCGAGAUGGCGUUCGGCUCAGAGUUCCCGGCGCGAGACUCAGACUUCCAGAUGGUGCCCGACCGGCUGGUGCAGCACACGUUAGGAAAGGACCACGUGCAGCCCUGUCCGGCCGACGUGGUGGCCUCUGUGGCCGACUUCCGCCACGGCCUGCCCUCCGACCUGCUCUGGGAGGAGCCGCGUGACGUGCUCUUCCUGCACAUGGACCCGUUCUGGGCCGACUUUUACGGCACCUCAGCGGUGCGCCACCGGCCGGUACCGCUGGUGGACGCCAUCCCUGUGUCGGUCUGGGUGUACCAGAACCGUAACAAGGUGGCCAGCGCGCGCGAGGGCCGCGUGGCCGAACAGAGCGCGCUGCUGCACGUGCCGAGCCUGGUGUCGGUGCAGCUGAACCACUUCCAGUACCUGUUCCUGCUGCGACAGCUGGAGCGGCUGACGGAGAUGUCGGCCUUUCUGACGAUGGACGCCGAGCGGCUGCUGGGCGCCGCCGGCUCCGGCAGCGUCUGCGUCAGCGGCGCGCUGCCGCAGGUGGACGUCAGCCUGCUGAUGCCCUGCCUGCUCUCCAGCAAGGACUCGUCGGGCGGCGACCUGUCCGUGUUCCCCGACUCGUCCAGUGUCACCAGCUUUCAGGAGGCGUCGCUGAUGCAGAUGCGGGUCGACUCGCUGACUGAGGUGACGGGUUCCAUCACCCUCCCGCCUGACGAGCCGCCGCUCUCCGCCCCCUCCCCGGCCGUCGCCGGAAUCAUGGGCACCUCCCCGUCAGCCAACCACACCGGUCACAACUCACACAACUCGACCAACCACGUGCGACCGACGACGGGCACACCGAACGCCACGCCGCCGCGCAACCGCACCGUGCCGAUGACGCUCAUCAGUCAGGCGAGCGUGGCUGCCGGCAGCUCACCAGUCGGCCAGCUCUCCGAUCUCGGCGCCGGCUUCAGCCAGGUGAAGAAGGGCUUCAACAGCUUCCUCUCGUCCAUCGACUCGGCGCUGAAGAGCCCGGAUGAUCAGAGCGACACGAUGUCUGUGAUGUCGGAUAUGAGCUCUGACUCCGAUAGCUACGUGCUGCUCAAUCUGGAGAUGGACAGGGCCGGAUCAGAGUCCGUGGACCCGUUAUUUGUGGUCGAGGGGGCGCUGAAGCGGGUGCCCUCAGUCGAGAUCGCCAGCGAAGUCACCGAGGACACCCAUAGCGAGGUGUCGCUCUCCUCGGCUAUGCGGAAACGGGAUGUGAUCUCGGCUCUGACACUGCGCCUGGGCCGUGUGGAGUUUGUGCAGCAGGGCGCCGGUUUCGACAGCUCGGUGAAGGUGCUGCUGCGACAUCUGUCGGCCGAACAGUGCGCCGCAAUCGGCUGGGACGAGUUCCAGGCCAAGUUCCAGCUGCGCACCAAGGGCUGGCAGGGACUGGACGUGGCCACCGAGCCGUGUAACAUCCGAAUGAGGAUGGACAGCACGUUUGUACCGGUGGCCGGACAGAGGCACCACAAGAUCAACGUUCGGGAACAGGUGAAAAGCGAGCUCGAGGUGCGGGCCAGCGACCUGGACCUGGGGCUGAUGAUGAGCACCGUCGCCAACCUGACCGACUUCAUCGAGGACGAAAUCCUGCCGGCGCCGCUGCCUAUGGAGCUGCACCUUGAGCGUCUGAAGGUGCGUCUGACCGAGGACCGGCCCCCGAACAACAUCACUAGCCCGGGCGUGGUGCCGCUCGACCUGUCCAUCCCCUCGCUGAGGGUCACCAGGGACAAGGAGGGCGUAUUCACCGUGCAUCAGACCGCGGACGCAGGCAACCCGUGUCGACCUGGUGACGCCGGCAGCUCCGCCUCUCGAGUCGACGUCACCAGUUCGUUUAACAACCCCGGCGGAGGUGGAGGUGGAGGCUGUCCGCCGGCGGUGGUCAGUGAGCUGGUCCGCCUGAGACAGCGCUGUCAGCUGCUGGAGAACCAGCUGGAACAGCGGCGGGGCGCCGAGGAGCGGCUACAGUACCUGUCGCUGAUGGAAACCAGGUGUCGGGAGGCAGAGGACGAGGCACAAGGCCUCCGCGAGGAGAAGGAGUCACUGAUGAAGACGCUGCGCUAUCUCCAAGAGGAGUUUCUCCGGCUGGACCGGGCGCAGAACCGGCGCGCCGACCCCAAGUAGCCCCAUCACCCCCUCAGCUGCCCCCGGUCCUCCCGCCGGCCAGUCCUCUACCUCUCGGCCAGUCAUGUGAGAAUCAGUCAUGAAGAGAGUCAGUCGCGAAGAGCAGGUGGAGAUGCGGAGACCGCCAGUGCAAUGCUGCGUGUUCAGGUUUAUCAUCUCGCCGUUAAUCUCGCGUUCGUUUUUAUCCCGGGAACGCGUACUUUGCCCUUGUGAUAUGUUGGGCGUCGGAUGGUGUGUUCAGGUACCGUUUCAGUGACUAUGUGUGUGUGGGUAGGUAGAAGGACGAGCGCGCGCCCGCUCUGCACGUGCAAUAUGACCCCAGGAUGCCGGGUGAGCUCUGCGAGGACCCGUCUUCCGCCCGGACCUCGGCCGUCUCGGCUGACCGUCUGUAGGAGAUCUGGAGGCCAGUUCUGCCCGUGUGGCGCUCUCAGAGUCGUGGCGUGCUCCGGGCACCGGCCGCCCCCGCCCCCGGCCCCGCCGCUGCCCGGGGCCGCCCGACUCCUGCUCUGUGAUAUUGCUGCGUUUAAGCUGUACUGCCCCCAGGGGCGCAGUGAGCGGUGGAUCUGCCUUGUUGGCGAACAGACCGCUGUUUGGUUGACAACAGCUGACAUGUUGUCAUGGCAACGCUGCCGGUGCGCCUGAGGCGCCCCUAUGCAACAUUGUCUUGUUUCCAUCUCACAGGUUUUCGGUGGCGCCGACCGCCGCGUUAUGCUUGAUUGUCGUACACUGUGCCUGCCAUCAUAUCACGGUAUUGUCUUGUUGUCGUGUGUGCCGCUGUAUUUAUCCAUUAUCGAAUAAAGUGCUUGUGGUCUU